AUGAUGCCCAUCUCUGAUGCAAUGGAUUUUCAGGGAGCGGAUACAUGGUCAUUUAUCAAGAAUCUUUUUUUCCGUAUAAUGGUCAUCUACUUCGUCACAUCUUUAUUGAGAAGUUUCACUGGUAAUAGUGGAGGUGGACGAUUAAAUGAUAGUGGUGGUUCAACGACCGUGUUGCCACCAUCCAAGAAUCUUUUUCCACCUGGCCAAAAAUUUGACUUGUAUGUGUACUUCUCUGAAUCGAUGGAACAGUUCAGUUCUUUCAAUGAGCCAACGAGCUUGUUCUGGAAGCAAAACGAUCUCACGUAUGGUGAUUGGACGUCAGGCCCGAACAACGACGGCAGCGUGUCAAAAUCUGCUACUUUCCCGACUCCCUCUGUUCUGCUCAAUAACGGCUCCCUAUUUCUUCAUGUUUUCAUUGUGAAGAAGGGUCAGUCGCCUGAUCCAAGGGAUAGACAUUACGUGAAGCGUGAGGUGAUUUACCACGUGCAUCAGCUCAACAAGUAUAAAAAGAAGUUUUAUAAAAAAACACAGAAUCUGUUGACGGGUAAAACGGAGCAAAGCGAAGAAGAUCGCAAGAAAGCGGAUAUGAUUCACUUCGAAGUUCUGAAUCAUUGGCAUCCUAACUUAACGAUCAAUCUUGUUGACGACCAAACAGCAUGGCAGAAAGGUGCUCUACCGGCACCAUUAGAUGAAGCCGUGAAGUUCAUACCAAUUACGAAUACAUAUCAGCCCAUUUUUAUUUUCAAUGAUUAUUGGAAUUUGGCUGCGGAUUUUAUGCCAAUUAACGAAAGUGUCCGCGAGCUGAAUUUCACACUGACUUAUGCUCCAUUGACUCUUUUUAAAUGGCAGUUAUAUGCAUCACAGCAGAUGCGUGGAAAAUGGUCGCAAAUGUUUGGAGGUGAAAUGUUUGAAGGAGACGACGAUGAUCAGGAUUCCAUCAAACAAGCUCUGUUAGAAACAAAUCCCGUCCUUCUUGGUAAAACAUUGCUUAUCGGACUGUCUGUGCGAUCGGUUCUCUUCAACGUGUUUCAGUCCGUAAUCGUAUUCUUGUACAUAUGCGAUAACGAUACGUCUGUAGUUGUGAAAUUCUCAGUUGGCAUCGGACUUCUGAUUGAAUUAUGGAAAAUACCCAAAUGCCUCAAUAUAACGAUUGAUCGGACGAAUAAAAUACUUGGUGUUGUGCCGAAAGUUAGUUUCUCAGACAAAGGGUCUUAUGUGGAAUCAGACACAAGACAGUACGACGAAUUGGCAUUCAAAUAUCUUUCGUGGGUGCUGUUUCCUUUGCUUGGUGGUUAUGCCAUCUACUCACUGGUAUAUGUUGAGCAACGUGGUUGGUACAAUUGGGUUUUGGGGAUGCUGUAUGGCUUUUUGCUCACUUUUGGUUUCAUUAUGAUGACCCCUCAGUUGUUCAUCAACUAUAAACUCAAGUCUGUGGCACAUCUGCCUUGGCGCAUGCUCACAUAUAAGUUCAUCAAUACAUUCAUUGAUGAUCUCUUUGCGUUCGUUAUUCGAAUGCCAACCAUGUACAGAAUUGGCUGUUUCCGCGAUGAUAUUAUAUUCCUGAUUUAUAUAUACCAAAGGUGGAUAUACCGAGUUGAUCCGACUCGUUUGAACGAAUUCGGAGUUUCGCUCGAAGAUCCAACUGGUGAAAAGGCAGCAGAGGAGGAACGUAAGAAGUUAGAAGCAAUCAGUGAUGAGCCGCGAUCAGACCACACACACAUCACAGAUGGUAACCAGGCAACAAGUGCAACGAAUUCAUCCGAGGAAAGUAAAAAGGAAAAAUAA